GGGGGAAAAAAAGAAAAGUGGACUUACCUGUACGCCAACUUCUGCCAACCCGCUCGCUCUUAUCACCUGCUCCGACUUGAAAGUCCAGUUCUACCAGGCACCGAGCCGGGGAGAGGAGGUGAACUAUGUCACAGGAGACAGACAACAAGCGUCUGGUGGUGGUGGUCCCCAACGAGAGCUCCUGUCCGGCGGCGCGGCGGGCCUACACCAGCGAGGACGAGGCAUGGCGCUCGUACCUGGAGAACCCGCUGACGGCCGCCACCAAGGCCAUGAUGAGCAUCAACGGCGACGAGGACAGCGCCAACGCCCUGGGCCUCCUCUACGACUACUACAAGGUUCCCAAAGAAAAGCGACUCCUGACGGCCCCCAAGGUUCCGGAAAUAACGGAAGAGCGGGAGAAAAGGUCGGCCGGCCACCCCGGCGGCGCCGAGGCCGAGGCGUCCGACAAGCGCGUCCAGGUUCUCAAGUCGGUGCCCGUCAACCUGUCGCUCAACGCCGAGCACCCCGGCGGGCCGGCCAAGGCCGAGUCCCACGUGCCCGUGGUCUACGCCCCCACCCUCGCCGCGCUCCACUACCGGCCGGACGGCGAGGAGGCGUCCCGGGCGGUCUACGAGCAGAGCCCCUACGAGGUGACGGCCGGCGGCCGCGCUUCCUACGCCAAGGAGGACCGGCGCAGCCCGCCGGACAGCUCCCCGUUCGACGAGGACGCGGUGAGAAAUUACCACACGCCUUCGUCGCUGGCGUCGGACGACUUCUUGUUCCAGGAGGACGCGGCCGACGGCUUCCGCUACGCGCUGGACGCGGCCCGCUCGCUACGCCAGAAGCAGGGUGAGGGCCCCAUGACCUACCUGAACAAGGGCCAGUUCUACGCCGUCACCCUCAACGAGCUGAGCGCCAACCAGCGCCUACGACACCCCAUCAGCAAAGUGCGGAGUGUGAUCAUGGUGGUGUUCAGCGAGGACAAAAACCGAGACGAGCAGCUGAAAUACUGGAAGUACUGGCACUCGCGCCAGCACACGGCCAAGCAACGAGUCCUGGACAUCGCCGACUACAAGGAGAGCUUCAACACCAUUGGCAACAUCGAAGAAAUCGCCUACAACGCCAUCUCCUUCACGUGGGAUGUCAACGAAGAGGCCAAGAUCUUCAUCACGGUCAACUGCCUGAGUACGGACUUCUCGUCGCAGAAGGGCGUCAAGGGUCUCCCUCUCAUGAUCCAGAUCGACACGUACAGCUACAACAACCGCAGCAACAAGCCUCUGCACAGGGCCUACUCGCAGAUCAAGGUCUUCUGUGACAAGGGAGCAGAGCGCAAGAUCAGAGACGAAGAGAGGAAGCUGUCCCGCAAGAAAUCCAAAGGUACCGAGUCUCACCACGAAGCCGACUUCAUGAGCGGAUUAAGCAGAAGCCGUGAAGCACUUCUCCUUCGCCGCGCAGCUAAAGAUGGCGCCGUGGGCGUCAUCGCGGUACCCAAGAAGUCAGACACCACCUAUUUCAAGACCGUGACCGACCUGGAAGCGCAACCUGUCCUCUUCAUCCCCGACGUCCACUUUGGAAACCUUCAGAGGGCCGGACAGGUGUUCACCUUCAACACGGAGGAAAUGGAGCGAGAAGGGAGCGUGCUGGUGAAGAGGAUGUUCCGGCCGGCCGAGGACGACUUGUGUCCGUCGCCGCAGAAACAGAUCAAGGAGGAAGCGCACAAGAGAGUGCUGCUGUACGUCCGCAAGGAGACGGACGAGGUGUUUGACGCACUCAUGCUCAAGUCGCCGACGCUGCGAGGCCUGCUGGAGGCAAUAUCGGAGAAGUACGGCGUGACCGCCGAGAAGAUGACCAAAGUCUACAAGAAAAGCAAAAAAGGCAUCCUGGUGAACAUGGACGACAAUAUCAUCGAGCACUACUCCAACGAGGACACGUUUAUCCUGCACAUCGAGAGCUACGCCGACACCUACAAGGUCACGCUGACCGAAAUCUGAACCGCACGCGCAUGGAAAAAAAGUUGAAGACGGCGGGCUACUCUUGCGCCGAGUCAUCGCCGCAAUCAUGGCGUCACUUGUCACGGUGUGCGUACUCCAUUUGGAUCGCUUAGUCCCCUCGUCAUCAUGGAAGCAUUUCGCCCUCAUUCAUUCUUCGUUAGCGGCUUCUUUGCCUGCCCACCGUGAUUUGUUUAUUUAGUUGCAUUAUUUAUUUCUUUUCUUGAAAUGUCUGUGUGUGUGUGUGUGUGUGCAUCCAUGGAUUUCAAGUACAAUACUUCACAUUUCAGCGAUUUCCCAGCAAGUCGCCCUCAAUGAGAGCCCUUGCGGGACUUUUCUAAAUACAACAAUGUCAAGAUUCACGUCAGCACAUGCCAAGAUGUGAAUAAAGACACGUGCCGUGGAAAUCUGAGACAAACGCAUCGACCGUCACGCGUGUUUAUUGCCACUUUGAGUUUUAUGCGCAUUUUGCGGGUAUUUUUUUUUUCAGGACCGACAAAAAACGACCCUUGGCCCUAUUGUCUUUAUUUGAAUGACAAAACGGACAUCCUACAGUCGGUAACAAUAUAAAAUGAUAUAGAAUUCAUGAAAUCUUUGAAAAUGUAUCUGGCGGAAAACGCAAUUAUUUUGAAAAUGAUACAACUGACAAAAAUUGCCAAAUGUUUUGAGAAAUGUCAUUGAAUAGUUGAAACGAUUGUAUUUUUAUUUGGUAAAAAUACAUUAGCAUAAAACAAAUUUCAACUGGAAAAUCAUUACAAAAAUAAUUUUACUCGUUGAAAAGAUGAAUAAGCAUCGACUAUAACAUUUCGAGUUGAAGUGAUAUCGUUUAAAUUAGUUACAAUACAAUUCUUUACAAUUUUAAAUAAAUGUAUCUACAAAAUGUAUUUAUGUUCACAAGUCAGACUUUACCGGACAAUUACAAACAAAAAAAAAUAAUCUUUUUUUUGCACCACCAGCGCCGAGCUCCUAGUUGGUGCAUUUUGUUGAAAUUCUAAAAAGAAACAAAACCGCAGAGGAACAAAAGAUUCUUUUUGUAUGAAUAUAUCUCUAAAUGUCCAGCUGGCGUGCUGCUCAUUUGGGACUCGACUGUAACAUUCCUCCUUCAGAAAUU